UACUGUGGUCCGUGAUAUGGCACGACGGCUGUUCGGAGGAAGACGAUCGUUUUCUUUACGAUUUGUGAUUGAACUUUUUGUCAAGGCAUUGAAGUUGUCUUCAGUACGUCAAGAAGUGCUUACUUUUUUGUUCAAUAACAAAGUAAUUAGUGCAAGCAAAUUUUCGUGUUGGUUAUUCACGAUCCACGCAAUAGCCAUGACAGAGUGACUGCAAUUAACAAAUAUCGGUACCACGAUGAAUCUGCAAUCAUUGUUUCAAGACUUCAAUCCGAGUAAAUUCGUGGUACAUUGCUGUUUGUUUACAUUUACGAUUCUGUUCUGCCUUCGGUUGGAUGAAUUCAUUGAUUGGCCAUACUGGGUAAUAUUUGUUCCGCUGUGGAUAUGGAAAACAGUUGCCACACUUGGAGCAAUCGUUGGAGCUGUAGUUUGGUGUCGGUACCCACAUUACAGAGUUGAGGGAGAUUCAUACUCGCACUUCAAAGCAAUGCUUAUAUCGUUAUCCUUGCAUCUUAUUUUACUGAUGUUCGAACUGCUGGCCUGUGAUAGAUUAACCUCCGGGCGGCACCUCUGGGUGCUGGUGUUUAUUCCGCUUAUCUUCGGUAGCGUCGCUAGCGUGGGAGCUUGCGUUUGGGCCGUCAAGCAUGACAGGUCUUUUGAGUUGGAACUGUUUUGUGCUGUCAACGCUCUCCAAUUCGUGUUCCUGCCACUUAAAUUAGACGGAUUUGUUUCUUGGAGUUGGGAAGUAGUUUUCGUACCACUCUGGAUUGUACUAUGUCUCAGCUUAGUAGCCGUACUAUACAGUAUAAUAUUUUGCGGAAUCCUACUACGAACACCAGAAGUUUCCUCACAGCAGAAAAAAUCCGCCAUCAACUCAGCUAUUGGCAACUGUGCCACUGUGCUUCCAAUUUUGAUGUUUCAAGUUUUGCUGGCGGACAAACUGGACGAGGACUUGGAUUGGCCAUUUAUCGCAGUGGCUGGACCACUGCUAACGGCAUUAUUUGUACUGAUUUUGCUGAGUUUCAAUGCCAAAGGUGGCAACAAGUGGUGGUUCGGCAUAAGGAAAAAUUUCUGCCAAUUCCUUCUGGGUGUACUCCCCUGCUUGCAAGAGUACGGUAACAUAUCAUAUCACACGGAAAGUGCUGGGCAAAGUGUUCCUUUGGAUACCAGUGUGCAAUUGGACGAGUUUGAAAAGUAUGGAAAGAAGGGCAAAAAAGCGCUAAGCAAAAAGAACGACCAUCUCAAGCCGGUGGUACCGAUCAUUAGCAUAGAUCUGCCAGACUAGAACAGAAGAUUGAACUAAUUCAGGGGCUUUACUCUUAUCUACGUUUAAAUUUGUGAACGCAACUCUAGCACAAAUAAGAACGAAUCCAUAACUUUCUAGGAAACUAUGCGCCGGUUAAGGGAUGAAGGGAUUUCGCCGAGAUUCUUGAGCGUUGAAUUCAAAACUCUCAGCGAGCAUUUCGAUGCUUCAAAAAUGUGAUUGAUAAUAACUCUUUCAUUCAUUUGAAUUCAAACUCGCCAUAUUAUUUCAUAUCAGUUUUUUUAAGUAUACUAUUUCUCAAUCGAGAAGCCGUCAUCUCUUUGAAAUAUUUUACGUUUGGGCCACAACUGCUUAGCUAGUGGUUGCGUAGUAUAUUUACCUACACAUACAAAACAUAAUCUAAUAUAAGCCUAUUUAUUUAAUCUAUUAGAUUAGUUGAUUUUAUAAAACAAGAUAUAGUUUAGAAAAUUAUGAAUUUGUAUUCGCAGUCGAAUCUACUGAUUUCAGGCUGUUAGUAUUCAGUAUCAGCAUAUUAGGGUUGUCAAAUUUUACUGCUGCCAAUGGAAAAUAUGUCUUAGGAUAGCAAAAAACAGUACUUGCAGCAUAAUUGAUGCCUCUUAGGAAAACGAAAAACUAUUUGUAUGGUAGAAUUAUGUGAUGCAAGAGUAAGCUAAAAAACGAUUUAACUGUGAACAAUUAUUGGGAUAGUGAUUUGUAAAUAAAAUUGUACGCCAAAUGAAAAA